AUGCGGGUUUUCAGAAGCGGGUGUGGUAGGUUGCAGGCUUCACGGUUUUUGUUCGCCGCUUUUUCUGCUUUCUUGCCUCAGAAAAUGCAGAACUUUUCUCAUACGAUAUGGAUGGGCGAUUUGGAACCCUUUAUGGAUGAAACUUUCAUUCGUCAAGCCUUUGAAUUUCACGAUGAAAAGGUCGUAAGCGUCAAGAUUAUACGCAAUAAAGCGACAGGUCAAACACUUGGUUAUGGUUUUGUGGAGUUCUUGGAUGGUAUUGCCGCUCGUGAUGCAAUGUUGAAGUUAAAUGGGAAACCGAUUCCAGGAAUUCCUACUCGUCGUUUCAAAUUAAAUCAUGCAAGUUAUGGCAAGGACAGUUCUGCCGGAGAGUUUUCCCUUUUUGUCGGCGAGCUGACAGAAGAUGUGGAUGAUCUUAUCCUAUUUAACGCUUUCAAAAAAUAUCCCUCCUGUCGUUCUGCCAAGGUUGUGAUGAACAACGGAAAGAGUAGGGGCUACGGUUUCGUUCGAUUCGCCUCGGAGGCAGAUCAGGACAGGGCAUUGAUAGAAAUGCAGAACUAUUCGGGCCUGGGCUACAAGCCUAUUCGUGUGAGUUUGGCCAUUCCCAAGCGCUACACGGCUGAUGGGCAACUCAUCCAAGCGGCCAAAGAUGAACAGGCCGCUGCGGCUUCCUCGUCCUCUCUCCUGCCAAGUGGCAUGCCGGACCCCUUCACAGCAGCAGUGGCCGCUGCGGUGAGUGGCAGUUCACAGGCUCAGGCGGAGUACUAUCAAGCUUACCAGCAAUACUACCAACAGUACUACGCGGCGCACUUUGCACACUACAGCUACGCAGGUGGUGGAGCAGGAGGCGGUGUCGGGGGCGAAGGUGCAGGGGAGCAGUCGAUUGCCGCGGCAGCUGCUACUCUCGCCUCUUCCUAUGACGGUGUCUUCGCUGCUGCUGCCGCUGCUGCCAACGGGGCUGAGGACCCGCUCUACGAACACACACCCGAACCGUCUUCGCUGUCGGCGGCAUAUGAUCGGCCUCGACACGUGCAGGACAUUGAUGAGUGCUUCAGCUUCCUGGAGGCGUCGCGAUGGGACUUCACGAAUCCCGAUCUACCGCUCCUCAUCAGCUCUUCUUUGUCGGUCUUGAAAAUGGACAGCGACACCACCCUUCCUGCGACAGAUGACUUUGGUUCUAGAUUCCUGGAGAUGGAUGAAUAUGACGACGACAAUUAUGAGGUACUCUCGGAUGACUCACCUGAAAGUACAACUCGUUCUAUAUUGGUAAAAAGAAGAAAAAAGCGACCAGCUCCCCUAAAGAAGGUUUCCCUGAAGCGGCAGGUUAUCACUACGAGGAAAAGUCGUCCAGUUCGUCAGAGUCGACGACCACCAGCCCGCGUCACGGAUGCCUACACUAACAGUAGUGAUAGUGACAGCGAAUCAAUCGUUGUGCCCACUCUAGUCCCCGCCUCUCGUAGCAGAACGCGCCUGGGCUAUCAGAGCUCUCAGAGUUCCCUCUGGACCCUUGAGGAUAUAAUGGUAUCCUCCGAGAAGGCCACGGAUCAAAACGCUAUCACCACCACCACUGCUCUCACUCCCGAGCAGUUGGAAAUUCGUCAACGUCGGAUUGAGCGUCGACGAGAGUCGGCGAAAAAUAAGGCGGAGAAGGAGAUGCAGGACACUGUGGAGCGCCUCCUGCGUGUUAACACAGAAUACGCCGGCGGUUCGGGCAACGGCGGCGGAAGUCGUGGUCGAUCGCGCCGCGUGGCUCUUACCGCUGAAGCGGCAGCCGAUUCGGAGGACUCAGAGGGCGAGAAGAAGAAGAAGAAAAGGAAUGCACUACACCCAUCCCUACCGCUGGAUCCUCCACUUGGCAGCGUGCGUUUCAUCUCUUCUCUGCGCCUUCAGCCCCAUUGUCUCAUCGCUUUGCCCGCAGGACAAGGAGAGGUAGGAGAGAACCACCUGUUGCUUCGUUCUCAACUUGCUCCACCUCCUCCAAAACUUCGGCUUUGCGAGCAGUGCCAUGCGGCGCCGCGUCGAUACGCAUGUGCUCGAACUGGGCGCUCUUUGUGCAGUCUAGAGUGCUUCAAGGCUUGUUAA